AUGGACCACCCUGAGGACCAGUGGUGCUACCCAGCCUCUAACCUGUCCUGCCCCAGAUUAGUGUUCAGUUCUGGGGCUCAGGUAGCUCUCUACCUGGUGUUCCUGGUGGGCAUCUUGGUGACCAUCCUGGGUAACUUUGUAGUCAUCAUCUCCAUCGCCCAUUUCAAGCAGCUCCACAGUCCAACAAACAUGAUGGUGAUGUCUCUAGCUCUGGCUGACCUGUUACUAGGUUUAACUGUGAUGCCCUUCAGCAUGAUGAGGACUGUACAGGGCUGCUGGUACUAUGGCAACACUUUCUGCCUCAUCCACUCCAGCUUUGACAUGUUUCUCUCUUCUGUCUCCAUCUUCCACCUGGUCUCCAUCGCUAUUGAUCGCCAUGAGGCAAUCUGCAAACCGAUGCUCUACUCAGCCCGCAUCACCAUGCCUGUGGCCUGGAUCAUGAUCUCAGCCAGCUGGGUAAUAGCAGCUCUGUACUCCUCCUGCCUGCUCUACUCCAAGGCUAACAUGGCUGGACUAGAGGACUUCCUGGAGUCUAUCAAAUGUCUGGGUGGUUGUUACUUAUUGUUUAACUCUCUGUGGGGGACACUAAACUCAGUCAUAGUUUUUUUCUUCCCUGUAUGCAUCAUGGUGGGUUUGUAUACUGAGAUCUUCCAGGUAGCUAAGAAGCAUGCCAGGAGGAUAGAGGAUGGCAGUCAUGGAGUGGGGGUAAAUCUUAAUCAGGGAAGGGAGAGGGGGGGAGUGUCGAAGCGCUCAGAGCGAAAAGCAGCCAAGACACUAGGAAUAGUGGUGAGUGUGUUUAUAUUCUGCUGGAUGCCAUUUUUUGUUGACUCCCUUAUAGAUCCCUACAUUGGCUUUGCUACACCUGGGAAACUGUUUGAGGUUUUUGUUUGGUUUGGUUACUUUAACUCCACUCUAAACCCUAUAAUCUAUGCUCUAUUCUACCCCUGGUUCAGGAAAUGUAUUCAUCUAACUGUCACCCUGAAGAUAUUCAUAAGUCACUCAUCUGAUAUGAACGUGUUUGGUCAUUGA